AUAUGUUCGCCUGUGGCUACGACACGAAGCGGCGAAACGUCGUCGUCAAGACCGUUUUCAAGAAUUCCAUUGAGGAAGAUAUCAACCUCUAUCUUUCGCGCUGUGAAGAGCUCUUCGACCAAAGCAAGUUUGCGUGCAUCAUUCCGCCUGUCGCUAUCGUUAGGUCACCCUACCGCUUUAGCUUCCUUGUAACGCCUUUGUGGGGGACGUAUCAUUCCAUCGAAGACCUGAAUACGAUCCAAGGGGUUUUGAAUUUCAUCAGAUGCACACUCACCGGCCUGUCUUUCCUCCACGAACACAGAAUAGCUCAUCGGGAUAUCCACGAAAGCAAUAUCCUCGCGGACUACUAUUGUUACCACGAAGUGAAUUGCGACACCCGGCAACAAGCGAUACGCGACAGCAGUCGGUCGAGGCCCAUCACUUACGCUCUGUUCGACUUCAACCUGUCGCUACAGCUCCCACUCGAAACGUCUCUCAAGAAUUGCCGGCGGCCUGCCUCGGAAGCCAUGCUAGGCGUUAGCGUGUACCAUCCUGACGACGUGCUGCAAUGCGAGCCGUUCUAUAAUCCGUUCGCAUACGACGUCGGAUGUCUUGGUUUCUUGUUCAUUAACUACUUGACGAAUGCGAUACCCACAGUCCCGAUGCUGGCGGCUUUGUUCGGCAAGAUGACCACACACGUCGUCAGUGAGCGGUUCACCGCUGCGGAAGCUCUCUACUUCAUCCACCGCAUCGAGACAGACACCACUCCAGAAAUUCUGCAGUCGCCUAUCACUUUGGAGCAAAAUUACCUAGCCAUGAACGAUCCCUCGUUGUACUGGUCCUGCACUGCCCCUGAGUUCCAGUCGGCGUGGAGUUCACAUAGGCCGCCACCGUUCUCGUUGCGCAUACGUCUACUCCGCUGGUUGGGCUCAACCGUUCGCAGUUACAAGUUCCUCAAGCUCGUCCGCCGUAUUCUAUGCAUUUAG